UGGCCACUGUUCGGGUGGGUGUUGACCACAGUCACGUCCUGCACACGUAUGGGAAGAUGUCAGCCACAGGCCAGGACCGAAGCAGCCGGUGGCAGGACAUUCAGGAGGGCUUGCAGUUCAUUCAGUCUACCCUGCCUUUUCCUGGCAGUCAAGAGCAGUAUGAGGUGUUCAUCCAGAGUUUGGUGAGGAAUCUGUUUGGCGAGGGUAAUGAUGUGUUCCUUGAAGGCGAAUGGGCGCGAUCUGUUGAAUUAUACACAGAGGCCUUAAACAUAGCAGAGUAUGCAGAAUCAGAGGACAUCCUCGUCUCUCAAAACCUGAAAGAGAAGCUUCAUGCGAACCGUGCUGCAUCUUACUUGAACAUUGGACUGCAUGAUCAAGCCCUAGAGGACUCUGAAAAAGCUCUUCAACUCAAUGAAAGCAACUACAGAGCACUUUACCGGAAAGCUCAAUGUCUAAAAGAAAUGGGAAGACAUCAAGAGGCUUAUGAGGUGGUUGCUAAAUGCUCCAUGGCAGUGCCUCAGGAUACUCAUGUGAUUGAAAUGACCCAGGAGCUUGCCAGAAUGUUGGGACUGAAAAUCCGUAAGGCUUAUGUCAGAAGCAAGCCUGCCUUAAAUGUUUUGCCCGGUUCAAGUCUAUCAGGAGCGGUUAAUGAUAAGCAUUCUCACAGCUCUUCCUCUGUGGAGGAUAUUGAAAUGGAAGUGGGCCAGUCUAUGCAGGGCAUGGGUGACCCGGUACAAGUCAGUAUGCCAUUGUGUUCUACAGUAAGUGAGAAGGAAGAAGUAGAGUCCAAGCCUCUUGUUGGUGUUGUCUCACCUCCGGUAGUCCCGGUUGAGUCCCAUAAUCCAGAGCCUGUUCCCAUGCCCAUACAUAUGCCCCUGGUUAACGGAACCAGGCCCAAUGACUCUUACACAGUACCAGACACCCGCUUGGACUAUGAUACAGAUAUUAUCGGGGAUGAUCUAGACGAGCUGUUGGACAGAGCAAGUCCUCCCGAGUCUUCUUUGGAUAUUCCCACAGUGGAUGGACCUAUUCCUUUACCGACCAGUAUUGCUGCCAGUAGUUCAAUACAGAGUUCUUUGCUCAUGCCUUCCCACCUGGGCCAUCCGUUUUUGAGUAUGGCUCCACAGUGCACAGUAAAUUUGCCUGCACCGUAUCACAAGCCAAUUUCAUCGUAUUCUCUUGGUCUGGACACAUUUUCAUCACUGGAUUCAUUGGAUAGUUUGUCAAUUUCAGAUUCUCCGACAGAUAAACCUUUUAGCCAACAUCAUUUUAUGCCGCUGAGUAAUAGCGACAUGUCAGUGCCAACCAUUCCACCCAUAGGCAUGGGUUUCAGCACAUCCGAUGGGACAUUUGUGCAGGAUUAUCCACCGCAGUUAGACCUUGCCAAGAACCCACUUGCUGAUACCCAUGAAUUUAAACAGGCCUGUUCCUUAUGCUACAUUAAAACUGGCCUUGGAGUGCUGGAUUACAUUUACCAUCCAGAGGACCACAAAUGCAAAAAAGAUUUGCUUUUGGGAAGAACCAAACAUUCUGAACUUCCAACAUGGAAACUUAUUCGCCCAAGACCCACUAAAAACCAGUACAUGGGGCCUUAUUAUAUUUGCAAAGAUGUGGCGAUUGGACAAGAUUGCCGGUAUCUUGGUCAUUGUACCUUUGCUUACUGCCAAGAGGAAAUUGACGUGUGGACGCUAGAACGCAAAGGCUUCAUCUGCAGAGAAAAUCUGUGUGAUCCUUAUGGAUCUAAACCGAAGAUCAAUUUGACUGUGCCCAAAAUCUUACAGGAGCACCAUGGGAUAUUUUUGUUCCUCUGUGAGGUGUGCUUUGAUCACAAACCCAGAAUAAUCAGCAAAACCAAUAAGGACAACCCAAAUCUAUGCUCUCACCCAGUGACAAAGCAUGCGUUUGAGGAAAAGAAGUGCCUUGUACACUAUUUAAGGGACAAAACUGUCAGGUACUCCAAAAUCCGUCCAUACUUCCCUCAUUGCCAGAUGGAUCUGUGUAGGCAUGAGGUGCGGUAUGGCUGCCAGAGAGAAGAUUUCUGCUUUUACGCCCACAGCCUCAUCGAGCUCAAAGUAUGGAUGAUGCAGAGUGAACAAGGUAUCACACAUGAAGGUAUUGUCCAGGAGUCACAGAAAUAUUGGAAUAUGGAUGCUGCUGUUCAUGCUCAGGAGCUCCCACCGGCCCUGCGACGAUUUGGACCAGCUAACCUGAAGUUGCAGUUUGUAUGUGCUCAGUGUUGGAGGAACGGCCAAGUCAUCGAGCCAGACAAAAACAAGAAGUACUGCAGUGCAAAGGCCCGGCAUCCCUGGUCUAAAGAGAGACGGGUGGUUCUGGUUAGCUCUAUUGAACGGAAAAAGUGGACUACAGUUCGACCUCUCCCAACCAAAAAGCCUAUUCCUGCUCAGUUUGAAAUUUGUAUGCAUGUGGCAGCUGGAAAAAAGUGUCAGUACAUUGGAAACUGCUCAUUUGCUCACAGCACAGAGGAGAGAGAUCUGUGGACUUUCAUGAAAGAUAACAAUAUUGCAGACAUGGAGCAGCUGUAUGAAAUGUGGCUGCAGUCUCAGAAGCCGGGCUGGAGCGAGGAGAGUAGCAGCAGUGCCACCCGAGAGAACGGCAAACAGAUUCACAUGCCCACGGACUAUGCUGAGGAAGUGGCUGGCAACCAUUGCUGGUUGUGUGGGAAGAACUGCAACAGUGAUAAGCAGUGGCAGCAGCAUAUCACCUCUGAGAAGCACAAAGAACGAGUGUUCAACUCCGAGGACGAUCAGAACUGCUGGCAGUAUCGCUUCCCCACAGGAACCUUCAAAGUUUGCGAACGGUUCCUCAAGGGCACCUGCACGGAGGAGGAACUUUGUAAGCUGGCACACGGAGAUGAGGAGCUGAAGGAAUGGAAGGACAGAAGAGAAUUCCUUUUGAUGAAACUUGCCAAAGCCACAAAAGAUCACUUGAUAGCACCAAACGAUAAUGACUUUGGCAAAUAUAGUUUUCUGCUUAAAGAUAUUAAGUAAUGUUUUAAUUAAUCUGAAUCUGUUAAUGCAGGGUGUUUUGGAACUAUGAUGUCUUGAGUUCAGUAUUGAAUCGGGCGAGCGUGGUGUGGCUCUCCAGAGGAGGAGGAGGACAUCCUCCUUCUGGGUUUUCACGGAAAGCACAGAGCUGGCCUUGUGUUCAGAGUAAUCACGGCUUUGUUGCUUUUAUCACUGGUUAAAAAUAAACGCACCAUCGCCUUUUAUGUUUCUUUUAUUAAAUAGCACACAGCGGAUCACCUUUCAGGAGCUGGAUUUUGCUCUUGAAACCCAAAGCAGAAGGCAAGAAAUAGCGCAUCUGAGAUUCCCUUGUCAAAUUCCCGCUUUAUUUUUUUUUUCCCCUCCUUAACCGCGGUUUGUUUUGGAAUGUUGAGUUCGGAAUCUCUGUUAUUUUACAUCCGCACCGAAUUACUUUACUAUGUUGUGUGGUUGCUGUGUUAUUGCCUUGGUAUUACAUAUGGAUCGACAUAAACAAUAAAGUCGUAUUCUUUUCAGUGUCUGUAGUUCCUGAAAGCAAAACGGCAAGGGAAGUAAUACCAUAACAGUGUAUUUAUGAAAAUUGAUAACAGAAAUUGGCAUGCUGUGGCGAAUUAUGUCAAGACGUGUUUUAUCCACUAGAGGGAGACGGAAUAAGCGAUAACCUGCCAGCUGCACUUCUGUAUCUUAAUAAAUGCUUUAUGGGCUGGAUCUGCUGUGCAUUCCCUGUAAUAAAUAUUUCAUUUUAUUUCAACUUAAAUGCUUGUUUGAUCUAAUGAAACUGAUGUAUGUUAGUGUCUUUUUUAAAUUCUAUUCAGCAAGUGUGUUUAGUUAAAGCAGUAAAAUGACAGUAAAGACACUUAUGAUGGUACUAUUGAUUUCUAUUUGUUUCAAAUAAAUGCUGUUCUUGAGCAGCAAAUCAGCAUA